AUGACUGUCCAUCCCCCCACCGACGACUCGGAAACUCGUAGCUGGGCUGGGGAUUAUGAUCCAUUGGCCGACCCAGAGGACCGGCGAGUGCUCUUUGCGGCUCUUGAUUCUUUCAGACAAUACCGGAGAACAGCCCACGCCAACACCACCCACCGGCGACGCCAGGCGUUCUAUGCACUCCCGCCUGCACACUUGCAGCUGCUGUCAGAGCCGCCGUUCUCCCUGCUGGACAGCUUCACCCGCGUGGAUGAGGCCAUCGAUGUGAAUGCCGAUAUUGCAGACGCCAUUCUCGCCACAGGCCUCGCCUCCUUUGAACUUGAGGGGAGUAGUGACUCUACCGAUGCUAGUCGGAAAUGGCGGGAAACUGCCACUUCUUCGGACGUCAACAAGGCCUAUUCGACUAUUCGUCAGUUCUACCGGGACUGGAGCGCCGAAGGGGCAGUGGAACGCGAUAUCUGCUACGGCCCCGUGCUCCGCGACCUCAAGGAGGAAUUCGCCAAGGAAAAUGCCACGGAGGAAGAGAUCAAGGUCUUAGUUCCUGGUGCCGGUCUCGGGAGAUUGGUCUUCGAAGUCUGUCGCGCGGGGUUUGCCGCGGAGGGCAAUGAGAUCUCGUACCAUCAAUUGCUGGCCAGCAGCUGGAUCUUAAACCACACGUCCGGCCCACAACAACAUACGCUGUAUCCCUUUGCGCUGCAGUUCUCCAACCUCCAGUCGCGCGAGCAACAACUCCAAACGGUGCAGAUCCCGGACAUCCAUCCCGGAGCGGCAAUGUAUGAAUCUCUUCAAGAAGGUGGACACUUCGGGACGAUGAGCAUGUCCGCGGCCGAUUUUGUGGUGCUCUACAGCAGCCCAUCCAACAAAGAACAAUACGACGCCGUCGCCACCGUCUUCUUCAUAGACACCGCACCCAAUCUCAUCCGCUACGUCGAAACCAUCCACCACUGUUUGAAGUCAAACGGCCUCUGGGUCAACGUGGGUCCCCUCCUGUGGCAUUUCGAGGACGUCGACCACCGCGCGAACCAACCCUCCAAGUCUGAGGGGGAACCCCAGGGGAUUGAGGAGCCCGGGAGGGUGGAGCUUACCGAAGCGGAAGUAUUUGCUUUGAUUGAGCGCAUGGGCUUCGUGAUCGAGAAACGGCAGCCAGAGGAUGAGCGACCGCUAUGUGGGUACAUCCAGGAUCCCCGUAGUAUGCGACAGAGCCUCUAUCGGCCGUCCCACUGGACAGCGCGGAAGAAAUGA